CUUUGACACUCGAGCUGUUUCACUCAAAGCCAUGAUUUACUUGUUAGACUUGAUUCUAUUGAGGGUGAUGAUCCAUUAAUCAGAGAUGGUAAAAGGUCAAUAAGCAAUGAAUUGGCUCGAUUUGUGAAGGCAAUUAAUGGGGUUACCAUAAUCUCAAGUAGAGUAGGGAAGAAUGUGAGAGGUGGCAAUAAAGCUAGGGUCUUUUCCAGUGACCGCAAAAUAAAAUUUGACACGAAUCAUAACGAAGCCAUUGAUAAGUUUGUUGCAUCAGUGAAUGAAUCAGAAGACGAAGAGGAAGAAGAGGAGGAUCAGCAAAAUACUAGGUUGUCUGAUACUGAAAAAUCUGGCGUUUUACGAACUAGAGGUGGUGGUUUGACCAGAAGUCACGGUGGGGUUAAACCCAAACGAAAGAAAUCAGUGACCUUUGCAGAGAAUGGAGGUGCUUACAGAGUUCUCCAUAGUUCCCCAAAGCCAGCUUCAGUGGGGAAUGUUAAUGAGCAAGAAUCUUUUGAUGAUGAGAUAGAGCUGAUAAAAAACCUCAACAAACGGGUUGAAAAACUUGGCAAGGCAUCCAAGGAUUGUCAAGUUGCUGAACCAGAAGUAAUGAUAAUGAAAGGGAUGUGAGAGAUGAGAGUGAUAAGAGAUCGAAAAUGAGAGUUUCCUCUUCUCAGCACCAUUGCCUGUGAAGAUGGUGUUAGGAUCGAUUACCUUCACACACACUAGAUCUAGUGGAAGAAAUGAAGAAAAUAGAGAGAUAUUUCUUGAGGAGAGAGAAUGAAGAGAGAGAAAUAUUUCGUGAUAACACCUCGUGGGUGUAAACUCCAAAGCAAAACAGUACAUCAUGCUCCACACCUAACAAGGUAGAGCUGCCGAUCACAUCAACAGGAAAAAGGGUGUCAAAAUAGUUGGCAAUUGAAUAGUUUCCAAACAAGAUCAAGGUUUGAACUUUGCUCUCCUCAGGAUCUGUUGAGCAUUUACAGUUAGGUGGAAGUUAGGCUUCUGCAGUUCUUGGGAAUUAUUUGUUAUUGUUAGUAAUGAUUGUUUAGAUGAGUACUGUUAGUUUUGAUAUGGAGAGUUCAUCUGUUUUGGGGUACUAAAUUUGAGAAGUUUUUUUCUCUGCCAUUGUUGUAUGGAUAGGAGAUCGUUUGGGUGUAAUGGCCUUGUUAUGAAGUCUUUAAUGAUUAGAGUUGAAGAGGUCACCAUCUUAUUCAACAUAAAUCUAACAGGUGGCUAUUUCCUGUAGAGUGCAUCAAGUGUCAUUGGAACUUAAGAAAUAAAUCAAACUUUUGAACUAAUUUGUUGUCCCCAAAGCAACAGUACAUUUUAUCUCUACCUUUUAUUAAAGAAGAAUGUUGAGAAUGCAUAAACAAACUUACAUGUAAUUAGCUUAAGAAAGUCAAAAAGGUUUAUAUCUUGGAAGGGAGUCAUUCUAUAAGUUAAUCAAGAGAUUCGAAGAGCCUAAAACUCCCAAAUUAAGUAGUGAUAAUCUGUAAGAUGUAUGUCUGUUGAGCUUUCACCAGAUAACUUGCAGAUUACUUUAAAAGAGAACCAAAAAAUCGAAACUUCUGGUAUUUGCAGUACGAGGAACAUUCUCUAUAGUAGUUUGUUAUGCAAUAUUUAAAAUAUUUGAACUUCAUCUUGGAAAAAAGAAAUCAAUUUCGUGUCUUUAUCUAAGAAAGCAAUCCUUGUGAGACUGAUACACUACGCUAGGUAUGUUGUUGGCUGAACAAAAAAUUGUUUUGGUCAGUGUAGGAGAAUUGUAUUUGUUUUGCAUAUAACCGUAGAAACUUACCUACCAUGACCGAAGAUAGUCAUACAAAUACAUAUGUUGUAAUUCAUGAAUGGCCCAUCUUUGCCAUUGUCGAAGAAAUUGACAAACCCUUAAACGAGUCAUUGAAACAACUGCCACAGCAGAAGCGCAAUGCAAGUCUCUACUAGAAAACUGCGCCAAAACCAAAUCUUUAAGAACUACCAAGUGCGUUCACGCCCAUGCCACUAUACUUGGGCUCCUUCAACCCCUCAGCUCGACCCAUUUGCUGUCUCUCCUGACAGCAGCAUAUGCAUUCUAUGGGCAUACGCUGUAUGCUCGUAAAAUGUUCAAUGAAUUGCCUCAAAGAAUAUCGUACAGGUCCAUGAUAAGAAUGUACGCCCAGAAUUGGUUGCCUAAAGUUGCACUCCAACUCUUCGGGGAAAUGCUGCAAUCGGAUAGACACAAGCCUGAUAGACAUACUUUCCCGUAUGUGAUUAAGGCGUGUAGUGAUUUGUUCUUACUUCAGCAGGGUGUUGUUAUUCAUGGGUUGGCUGUUAUAAGUGGUUAUAUGUGCAAUACUUUUUGGGGGAAUUCACUUUUGACCAUGUAUAUGAAUUGUGGAGAUAAAGAGGGUGCUAGGAGGGUCUUUGAUGCAAUGCAGGUACGAACUGCUGUGAUCUGGAACACCACCAUGAUCAGUGGGUAUUGCCGAAAUGAUAGUCACAAGGCGGCGUUAAUGAUUUACAGGAGAAUGGAAGAUGCGGGUGUUGACGCUGAUUGUGCCACUGUGCUUUCCCUGUUGCCUGCGUGUGGGUGUCUGAAAGAUGUUGAGAUGGGCAGAGAGGUUCACUCAUCGGUUGAACAAGUGGGUAUUUGGGACAAUUUGUCAGUUCGGAAUGCUGUUCUUGAUAUGUACGUCAAGUGUGGAAGAAUGGAUGAAGUAAGGUUGGUUUUUGAGAAGAUGAUCCAUCGAGAUGUGAUGACUUGGACUACAAUGAUCCACGGGUUCAUUUCAGAUGGCGACACAAAAAAUGCCCUAUGGUUUUCUCAAAAGAUGCAGCUUGAAGGUGUAAAGCCGAAUGCAGUAACUCUGGCAUCCCUUCUAGCUGCAUGCGCCAGUUUGCCUCAUUUGAGACUUGGUAAAUGCCUGCAUGGCUGGGCUAUCAGGCAGGACCUUCAGGCUGCUGUUAAUGUAGAAACUGGUCUCAUUGACAUGUAUGCUAAGUGCAAUUGUUUUAGGCUUAGCUAUCAGGUGUUUGCAAAGACUAGCAAGAGAGGACUGUCCCAUGGAAUGCAAUUUUGUCUGGUUGCCUUCAUAAUGAGCUUGCAAGAGAAGCCAUAGAGCUUUUCAAGUUAAUUUGUCAGAGGCUGUCAAACCUAACAAUGCAACCCCGAAAAGUGUACUUCCUGCAUUUUCCAUUGAAGCUGAUCUCAGGCAAGCAUUGAGCAUACACAGCUAUCUUCUAAGAUCUGGAUUUGUUACAAGAACUGAGGUAGCCACUGGUUUACUUGAUAUAUACUCUAAAUGUGGAAACAUAGAUAAUGGUCACAAGAUCUUCAAUGAGAUACCCAA